AUGGCCCACACAAAGAUGUCAAUGGGUUUGGCCAUGGUCCUAGCGGCCAUGUUUUGGGCAGGAGCCAUGGCUCAAUCAGAUUGUACGAACGUUCUAAUCAGCAUGUCACCAUGCCUAAAUUACAUUACAGGGAACUCCUCAAAUCCAUCUUCACAAUGCUGCACUCAGCUAGCUAGUGUUGUUCGGUCAUCACCCCAGUGCUUGUGCCAGGUUCUUAAUGGCGGUGGCUCAUCACUAGGGAUCAAUGUCAACCAAACUCAGGCUAUAGCCUUACCUGGUGCUUGCAAUGUGCAGACUCCACCUAUUAGCAGGUGCAAUGGUGCCUCUCCAGCUGGCUCACCUGCAGGAGCACCAGAAACUCCAAACACCCCUUCAGGAACUGGAUCCAAAACUGUACCAUCAACACAAACAGAUGGAACAUCAGGUGGAAGCUCCAUGGAAUUCUCAAUCUCUUUACUGUUCUUCCUUCUCUUUGCCGCUUCAUAUGGUUCAACCUUCACAGUGAUUUUCUGA